AUGUCUGAUUCCUUCAGCAACGAUACCGCGAUGCCUUCAAUCGAGAAGAGCAACAAUGUCACCGGCAACAACACCGCUGGCAACAACAUGUCCAACUUUGUUGAGACUGCGAAGAGCAAAACUUCUGCCGCAGCAUCAGCAGUAGCAAACCACCCAAUGACCCAGAGCGUGGCUAAUGGCCCCGUCGUAGAGAAGGCUAAAAUCGAGUCUAACAAAACCCAAGCCGAAUUCUCCAACCUUGCUGCAUCCCGCCAAACACCAGAAACCCCAGCUGCCACCGGGCAACAACUCACCCACUACCACUCCUUCUUCUCCAGCUUGUUGUCCUGGAAUAACCCCCGUGCUUCUGGCAUUGCAUACGCCUCUAUCGUCACAUUCAUCUUCGCUGCCCGAUAUCUCGAUAUCCUCAGAUAUGCUUUCAAGCUCACAUGGAUGACUCUGGGUGUCACUGUCCUCGCUGAGGUCGCUGGAAAAGCCGUUCUUUCUCACGGUCUUGCAUCACAAUUCCGCCCAAAGAAAUAUUUCACCAUUUCAAAAUCCACCCUUGACUCGCUUACCGGAGAUUUCUCUGAGCUUGUCAACUUCUUCGUGAUCGAGUCUCAACGUAUUGUAUUCGCUGAGAACCUUUUCGCAACCGUUGCUUCUUUCCUUGGUGCUUUCAUCUCAUACUAUCUGAUCAAGUUUGUCCCAUUCUGGGGUCUUACCUUGAUCUCCACCACGGUCAUCUUCAUCUCUCCUCUGAUUUAUAAGACCAACAAGGAGACCAUCGAUCACUACGUUGCACAGGCCACCGAUAUCGUCAACCAGCAAUCCAAGCAGGUUCGCGACAUGGCCGCUCAACAAGCUUCCCGCGCGUCCGAGACCACAAAGCAAUAUGUUGGAGAUUACUCGCACAAGGCACAAGAGUUGAUUGGAAACGCUCGUGGACGAUCCAACUCCCCAACUGCCGUCAAGUCCGAGCCUGCUCUCAAGCAAGAUUCUCCAGCAUUCAAGGCUGAUGACUUCCCUGUCGCACCAAAGGAGGACUUCAAGGUACCACCAUCUGUAGCAGACUCAGCUAACAAGCUUAAAUCUGACGACCCAUUGAUCACCGCAUAA